CCGGGGGGCUGAGACCCGAAGUUACGGUACAGGAUCUGAGAUCGACCCGAUGUGGUAACCCCAUUUGGAUGGGACCCUUUUGCUGAGAGUCGAGGGAUAGAAAAGCGGCAAUUGGAAUGGGCUACAUCCAACUUGUGUCAUGGAUUCGCAACAGCUUGUCUUUCCCUCGUACGCGUCUGCUGCUCCCCGCACACCCUCACCUAGGGAGGACCCUUUCUUCUCAUCCUAUCCCUCCCACCAACCAUACGAGGCUCCCGGUGGCGGCUCUCUUCUCCAGGAGCUGUAUGACGACCACCACCCCGCCGUUGUUCGCCGCGCCACAUUCCCGUACGUGCGUGCCGACUACCCUGCCGAGCCUAUCACCCUCCCCCCAAUGCACCACCACCACCACCCGCACCACCACCAACAAUUCUACCAGCCCUUCCCGUCCCCGCCACCGCCCUCCUAUACCCUCUCCCCCCACACCGGCCUCCCUGUCCAACACACUGAUGACGCCGCCUCCAAAGAAACCCAAUACCUCCGCCGCCGCUGCUUCAACUGCCAUACCACAGAGCCCCCCUCCUGGCGCCGCUCCACCCUCAACCCUGGCAAGAUUGUAUGCAAUAAAUGCGGCCUCUACGAGCGCACCCACCUCCGUCCCAGGCCCCUACGCUUCGACGAGCUUAGAGCCGGCAACAAGGCCCGCAAAGCCGCUGCUGCUCAGGCUCCUCAGAAGAAACCUCUCUCCCCAAAGAAGGAGCACAGUAGGAGCCCUCAGCUCUUGCCUCGUCGCGCUUCGCAGGAAUGGGAUGAUUCGCGUAGUGUCUAUCUACUCGUCCUCAUCAACCUCUUCUACCUAUCCCUCGCCCUCACCAACAACCUACCCACACCCCCUCCCCUCACCCUCUCCGCCCCCCAUCCGCCUCCCCAACGUCGACUUUGCCCAUUAUGCCGACUAUACUUUGCCCCCAGAGGUCGUAUCCGCUUAACGUGCUAUAACAUAUUCCGCUAUCUAUCCUUCGUAUUUAUUAUCGGUUGCUGUGUAAAAACUAUCUUAUCUAUUAGACCCUCCGCCCCCGUGUACUACUAGAUGAAAUGUGCAUGUCUUUUAAGCAGGUUAUUAUUAUCUGACGGUCCGAUUAUUAUUCGCAUCCCUCAGAAGUCUCGUCCAGCCUAUUCAUUCAUUUCCCACCGCCGCUCCAUGCAUUAGUACUUUUUCAAUCUUUCGUAUCUAAUCCCAAGUUUUCAUUGGACUACCUUGCUCAAGACGGACGCCCCCCAACUUCCUUCUCCCGCCUCAAAGGCUAUGCACGUUCGGCGUAGUCUCCGAGGUUGCGAUAUACGGCGGUCAACUC